AUGGGCGUCGUCUUCCGACCCAUUGACCACCAUGAGGCUUCACCUGAGCUAGCCCCUAGUAAUCUCAUGCAGUGCUGGGGUCACAAACCACAAUCUACUACUACAAAAACACUCACACUCACGACAUGCCCUUUCCUGUCAUUACAAGACUGCAUUGACAAGAAUUUGAAUAUGUGCUGGCUGUCAAAUGAUAGUAAGUAUCGACAGCUCUAUGUCUCCGUAAUGACGAGUACCAAGGACCAACAGCAUUCACUCAAGCGCUGGGCUAGUGUGAUCAUCACACCGCACCGUGGUAUCAAGCGUCAGCGGAUUUCAAUUACUCGGAGCUACCAAGUAGUCAAUCAUGAAACCGACCAAACCAAAAGAACUUCUGUGGGUUCUAUUAAAUCUUUGCAGUAUGCACUACCAGGCCUAUCGAGUCAUGACACACUUCAUGUGCUACAUGCAAUGCGUGUCAUACCUAGUGAGCUACGGUAUCUAAAUGGUAACGCUAGUCGUAGCCACCUUAAACGUCGCUGCAAAGUGCGACAAAUCUUUGGCUGGCGACAUUUGCUUUGCCAAGAAAAUGACGACCGCCGUGUCGUCUGGAAAAGUGCCAAGGCAUUAGAUUCGAUGAAGAUGCGACCAUUGGCUCAUCAGAUCUGGAAAGCAAGUACCGAAGCCAUUAGUGGAUUGGAUGAUCGAGAGACGGGGAAAGUGUUGUACACUGUCAACGACAGAGCCCGGGUCGUGCAUUCGACAAAACGACAGUAUGGUAGCCGUGAUCAAGUCUGGAUCGAGUGUUACCUUGACGACGGAUUGCAAGUCUGCGUGGCACGCAAGGAACUACGACAGUUUAAUGAGUAUCGUGUAUCGGAGACAUCAGCUACUGAAUGCCAAGGAUAUUUAGUGCGACCAAUGUACACGAGGACAAUCAAUGCACGGCUAGUGGGUUGUUCUCUACAGUGUCUUCGGGCAGUGGAUGCACGUGAUUGUGGUGUCCGAUCUGCCUCAGCGUUAAAGCAGCAAAUGCUCGACAAUCUCCCGCAAUUGACAUUACAAUGCGAAGAGGAUUACAUUUACGACCUCGUCCAGACGCCGCAAUUGCUACUGGACAGUGUCUUUGCUAUGUAA